CCGACGCGAGCCGCAGCCGAGUCCGAGCGGAGCCCCAGGAGCCUCGCUCGCGGGCGGCCCGUGGGCGGCAGCCGGGCGCGGCGGGCGCCGGCGGGGCGGCCCCCCAGUAAGAUGUGCGCGGCGCCGCGGGGCGCCCCCCACUCGCAGCGGCGCUCGCGAGCCGGAGCCGGGCAGCUGGGCCAGGCGGCGCCUCGGGGGCUGCUGCGCGCCGGCGCCUAGAGCUGCCCGCCCCAGGGAGCCCGCCACGGCCGCGCCCCGGGCACGCUCGGCGGCGCCCAACGAUGACCGCUCCCUGGCGGCGCCUCCGGACUCUGGUUUGGGAAUACUGGGCCGGGCUCCUCGUGUGCGCCUUCUGGAUCCCGGACUCGCGCGGGAUGCCCCACGUCAUCCGGAUCGGAGGGAUCUUCGAGUACACGGACGGCCCCAAUGCCCAGGUCAUGAACGCAGAGGAACACGCCUUCCGGUUUUCUGCCAACAUCAUCAACAGGAACAGAACUCUGCUGCCCAACACAACUCUUACCUACGACAUCCAGAGGAUUCACUUCCACGACAGCUUUGAGGCCACCAAGAAGGCCUGUGACCAGCUGGCCCUGGGCGUGGUGGCGAUCUUUGGGCCCUCACAGGGCUCCUGCACCAAUGCCGUCCAGUCCAUCUGCAAUGCCCUGGAGGUGCCCCACAUCCAGCUGCGCUGGAAACACCACCCGCUGGACAACAAAGACACCUUCUAUGUUAACCUGUACCCCGACUAUGCCUCCCUCAGUCACGCCAUCCUCGACCUGGUGCAGUACCUCAAGUGGCGGUCGGCCACUGUGGUCUACGACGACAGCACAGGGCUCAUCCGCCUACAGGAGCUCAUCAUGGCUCCGUCAAGAUACAAUAUCCGCCUAAAGAUCCGCCAGCUGCCCCUGGACUCCGACGACGCACGGCCCCUGCUCAAGGAGAUGAAGCGCGGCCGCGAAUUCCGCAUCAUCUUCGACUGCAGCCACACCAUGGCCGCGCAGAUCCUCAAGCAGGCCAUGGCCAUGGGCAUGAUGACCGAGUACUACCACUUCAUCUUCACCACUCUGGACCUCUAUGCCCUGGACCUGGAGCCCUACCGCUACUCGGGCGUGAACCUGACCGGCUUCCGCAUCCUCAACGUGGACAACCCCCACGUCUCGGCCAUCGUGGAGAAGUGGUCCAUGGAGCGGCUGCAGGCGGCGCCCCGCGCCGAGUCCGGCCUGCUUGACGGGGUGAUGAUGACCGAUGCAGCCCUGCUGUACGACGCUGUCCACAUCGUGUCCGUGUGCUACCAGCGCGCGCCCCAGAUGACCGUCAACUCCCUGCAGUGCCACCGGCACAAGGCCUGGCGCUUCGGCGGCCGCUUCAUGAACUUCAUCAAGGAGGCUCAGUGGGAAGGAUUAACUGGACGGAUUGUUUUCAACAAAACCAGUGGCUUACGCACGGAUUUCGAUCUGGACAUCAUCAGCCUGAAGGAGGACGGCCUGGAGAAGGUCGGGGUGUGGAGUCCUGCUGACGGCCUCAACAUCACGGAAGUUGCCAAGGGUCGCGGCCCCAAUGUCACGGACUCACUGACCAACCGGUCUCUCAUUGUCACCACCUUGCUGGAGGAGCCCUUCGUCAUGUUCCGGAAGUCUGACCGGACCCUGUUUGGGAACGACCGGUUCGAGGGCUACUGCAUCGACCUGCUGAAGGAGCUGGCGCACAUCCUGGGCUUCUCCUACGAGAUCCGGCUGGUGGAGGACGGCAAGUACGGCGCGCAGGACGAAAAGGGCCAGUGGAACGGCAUGAUCAAGGAGCUCAUCGACCACAAGGCAGAUCUGGCCGUGGCUCCUCUGACCAUCACCCACGUCCGCGAGAAGGCCAUCGACUUCUCCAAGCCCUUCAUGACCCUGGGCGUGAGCAUCCUGUACCGCAAGCCCAACGGCACCAACCCCAGCGUCUUCUCCUUCCUCAACCCUCUGUCCCCGGACAUCUGGAUGUAUGUGCUCCUCGCCUACCUGGGGGUCAGCUGCGUCCUCUUUGUCAUCGCCAGAUUCAGCCCUUACGAGUGGUACGAUGCUCACCCCUGCAACCCGGGCUCCGAGGUCGUGGAGAACAAUUUCACUCUGCUCAACAGCUUCUGGUUCGGCAUGGGCUCCCUCAUGCAGCAAGGCUCUGAGCUGAUGCCGAAAGCCCUGUCCACACGCAUCAUCGGCGGCAUCUGGUGGUUCUUCACGCUCAUCAUCAUCUCCUCCUACACGGCCAACCUGGCCGCCUUCCUGACCGUGGAGCGCAUGGAGUCACCCAUUGACUCUGCCGAUGACCUGGCCAAGCAGACCAAGAUCGAGUAUGGGGCUGUCAAGGAUGGCGCCACCAUGACCUUCUUCAAGAAGUCCAAGAUCUCCACCUUCGAGAAGAUGUGGGCCUUCAUGAGCAGCAAGCCCUCGGCGCUGGUGAAGAACAACGAGGAGGGCAUCCAGAGGACGCUGACGGCCGACUACGCGUUGCUCAUGGAGUCCACCACCAUCGAGUACGUGACCCAGCGCAACUGCAACCUCACCCAGAUCGGGGGCCUCAUCGACUCCAAGGGCUACGGCAUCGGCACCCCCAUGGGCUCCCCGUACCGGGACAAGAUCACCAUCGCCAUCCUGCAGCUCCAGGAGGAGGACAAGCUGCACGUCAUGAAGGAGAAGUGGUGGCGUGGCAGCGGGUGCCCGGAGGAGGAGAGCAAGGAGGCCAGCGCCCUGGGCAUCCAGAAGAUCGGUGGCAUCUUCAUCGUCCUGGCCGCCGGCCUCGUCCUGUCUGUGCUGGUGGCCGUGGGCGAGUUUGUGUACAAGCUCCGCAAAACCGCAGAGCGAGAGCAGCGUUCCUUCUGCAGCACCAUGAUUGAUGAGAUCCGCUUCUCCCUUACCUGCCAGCGUCGGGUCAAGCACAAGCCGCAGCCUCCCAUGAUGGUCAAGACCGACGCCGUCAUCAACAUGCACACGUUCAAUGACCGCCGGCUCCCGGGCAAGGACAGCAUGAGCUGCAGCGCCUCUCUGGCCCCUGUGUUCCCCUAGGCACAGGGCUGGGACGCCAGGCCUGGGGCAGGGCAGAGGGAAGUGAAGGGGACGAGAAGGACGGUCCCCUGGCCCCUGCUGGCCACAGGGACCAGAGCUGCUGCCGCCUGGUGAGCCAGGAGCCCCCUGCCCCUACCUCCUAGGGAACCAGCUGCCCCCCGGCCAGCUGCGGGGGCUUCACUCUCCUUCCAUUCCUUCUCUGGGUUUCCAAAGCUGCCAGCCGAGACAGCCAAGGCCAAAGGAAGCACACGCCUCUCUCAGGCCAAACCUGCCUGCCCCUCAACCACCCUCCAUGGUCAGAAGUUGCUCCCGCAGCCCCACAGAGGCCAAAGAACAUGGAAAACACCACUCCUGACCCCCUAGCCUGGGUCUUCUGGGGGCUUGGUCAUGAGAUCAGAGACACAAGCUUUGGGCAACUUAAGAAUGUUAGUGUGGCUGCCAAUGGGAGCCAAAGACGGGGGGGGGGCUCCCCCCCACCACAUGCCUGGGCAGAGGGAAGACGUCAGCUCUCAAGGACUACGUAGUUCCGGUCUCCUGGACUUGACAUCACCUACGUUUGGGCAGAGUGGAAGCAGAGUUCCACUGGGAAAGAGUUUGGGUUUGGGAGGAAGGAGAAUGCUCAACGGACACCAUCUUGAAUCCUCAUGGACAAUAUCCCGGUGGCCCCCAUUCAUCUAGGAAGGAGGUCUCUGGGAUGAUACGCUGGGGCAAAUCGGAGAAAAUUCUUCUCUGCUUUCUAGCUGGAGGAGAAAGAGGCCCCUUAGCUACUCCCAAAGGAUGCCCAGAUACUCAGCAGGUAUUUGAAGCCCAGAGGAGCAGUGGAAUCCCUACAGCAAAAGAGCCAUGGGAUCUUACCGUGCUGGUCACCAAGCUGCCGUCUAACCCCCCUGGCGCUUGAGGGAGCUUGGGCUCCUUCACAUCUACUCAGCAGCUGCUCCCAGCGUGCCGUGACCUACUUGCGUCAUUGAGGAAGAGUGGCCUAGACUCAAAUGACAGUUACCGCCCUUCCUCCAGUGAGAAGUGGUGUCUUACUUCACGGGAUCACUUUGGGGUAGAAGGGAACUGCUGGUCUCCUGAACUUGCCAGGCCUAAAGAGAUGCCCCAGGAGAGGUUUCCCGAGGCUGUGGAUCAUACUGGUGAAGCCCCUGAGGGUGGGAGGGAGCAGCUGCCUCCUGGAGAAUUAACCAAAGAGCCCAUGCAGAGACACAAGGCCGUCCUGGCCCCUGGUCUCUCGUCCUGAGCAGCUGGGACCUCGCGGGGCAUGGGGGCGCAGCAGAGCGGUAGUAGCACCUCAGAUUCCAAUGGGGGGGACCAGCUGUUGUGGAUGCCUUGCAGCUCUGGGAAAUGAGUGGGACCAUGGAAGGAUCAGGAGCAAAGUGUCCUUAAAGAGAACAGGAGGGGGCCAGCAGGGCUGCCUGUAGCCAAGUGCAGAGGUCAGGAUACAGACUAGAGACUCCGGACAGGGACCCAAGAGACACCAGCCAUCCCACUCCCAGGGGAAGCUGAGACAUUUAGGUCUCACUGGAGCAAAGAGUAACCUCUGAGUUCUCCCCAGGACUCAAAAAAAAAAACCCAGUGAGCACUGUGGGCACUUCAGAUGCAAACAGCCCCUCCUCCAAACUGCACGCUAUGGAUCAAGCCAGCCAGUUGCCAGCAUCACGGCUGUGUGCAUUGGAGGGGAAGAGGGCUGGGCAUGCAGUGUAGACAACACAUGUAACAUGAGGAAAAGCCAUGCUGGGGUGAGCUUACACAUGAAGGAACGUGCGCGCUUUGCUCUGCAUCUCUGUAGGAGGAUGAGCUUUGGGGACUGGACUAAAAACAGAGUCCAGGGCAUGCAAUAAGAAGAGAAUUCUUUGGGUUUUGGGGUGUGUGUGUGUGUGUGUGUGUGUGUGUGUGUGUGUGUGGUGCACGCACUUGAAUUAUAGAGGCAGGAAAUGAAUCUUGCAAACAAUGCCCCGUUAUCUGUUAGAAAACAGGAAAAGCCAUGUUGGGAGGGGGUUUGGGUGAGUAGGGUACAGAUUGUUGCAUGUGUGGGUUUUGUGUGUGUACGUGUGCCUGAGCACAUGCAUGCAUUUCUGCUCCAAAAGGCAGAGGGAAGGGACAGGACUGACCCUGCAGCAUUGCCAAAUAUGUUUAAAAGGAGAAGCCAUGUCAGCAAGGUGUUCACGUGGGGGCGAGAGCAGACAGAGGGGCCUAGUGUGUGCCUGGUCUGCAGAGGCAGGACAGAGCCAGAGGGACCAGCAACGGGGCAGCAGCUCAGUGCACAUGGUGUGAGGGAAGCUGGACAAGGGCUGGUGAGUGUGUAAAUAUGCUCACCCACAUGUUCAUACACAGAUUCCAACUCCCAGACAAUCAGGAAGGAAGGGAGCAAGGGUCUGUUUGCACUUCCGUCCCCGGAGAGAGCAGCAGGCACCGAGGUUUACCGGGACUGUAUUAUUGUCAGUGUGGUGGACUGGCCGAGUGGGGAAGAUCCCUUUUGGGGACUCGUGGCUGCUCUCAGCUGCGUCUGGUUGGAAGGGACACCAAGUGUCUGGGUAGUCCCAGAUGACAGGAAAUCUAGAGCCUUGUGGCCAGUCUCAGUGGCCAGUGACUAACUAUGGUCUGUUCCUCUGAUAGAACUUCACAGCACAUGCUCACACCCAGGCUCGAGUCACAUGCUCCGGUGUGUGGCUUUGUGUGUGUCACUCUAAGGAUGUGCCCUUUCUUGGGAGGCUGCAUGCUUUCCGAGACACUGGUGGGGGCCAAGGCAGUGCCUGGGGCAGGGAGAGUUUUCAUCAAAGGGAGAAGAAGGGCGAAAUUCAGAGGCACAACUCAACCCAAAAACCCCGCCGAAAAGUGCGGGAGUGAUUUUUAGCUUCCUGCAUGGAUGGCACCACCCACUGCUGAGCUGUCCUCCGCUGAGCCACGGCCCGUGUUUGUCUGCCACCCACCCGGGGUUCAGACGGGGUCGGAGACCGUCUGCCCGUCUAUCUGGGCCCUGGGAUUCCUUUGGGCUGCUGAAGAUGCCACUUUGCCUUGGCAUCUGUCCCCAGCAGGGCACAAUGUAUGAAGUUUUGAUCUUCUUUCCGGUGGGCGUGGACCACGCUGCAGGGGGCGGGGCACAUGCUACAGGGGGCGGGGCCCUGAGGAGGCACUCGGGCGAUUGGCUGGCUGCUCCCGAGUGACAGGGCAGGUGAGUGGUUUGAAUGGAGCAAAAGAUGCACUUCUCCGAGCAGGUGCUGGACUGAACCUGUCUGGCCCCCUCCUGCCACCCCCAUCUCCCACCCCACGUGUCAGGUCCUCUUCUCACCCUGCUCAUCCUGGCCCAACUGAGGGGGGCAGUGGAAGAUGUAUACACCAUCUCCCAGGCGCUGGGGACCCUGAACCGUCUCUCUCCUCCUCCCCCCCUCUUCUGGUCUCUCUGCCAUGCACAGAUAAAAAGAUCCUGAGAACUUUGUCACCAUACAGGAGUGUUGGUGACAUACUCACCGCGCUGAGUGUCCCUCGAGGAGGGGCCCCGUUCCCAUGAGGCCACUUCAGAUCUCUGAAGUGGGGGAGACCUCCCCUCCUGGCACCCAGACUCUGCCUCCCCCACUCCCACUGCCUCUGCCCAUGGAAAUCCUGGUCCUGUCUGGAGGGGGGGGUCCUCCCAGUGGUUAGAAGUCACCCACCCCACCUUCAUCAGCCCCAGGUCAGACUGACCAGCACACACCCAGAACAAGGUGGGGAAGCCCCUCGGUCUUUUCCAGGUGCUGUGGGGAAUGCAGCUGCUGCUUCCUCACUCAGCACAAAACUGCCCCUCACCCCAGCCCUCCCCAGCUAUAGGCACAAACAUCUGGAAGGCCAGCUGGGAAGGGCCUAGUGUUUGGAUAAACAGCUGUAUGGACUUAACCACCGAGCAUGGGGCGGCCCCAAGGACAGAAGCAAGGAGUGAGUCUCCUGGCGCAGGUGCACACAUCUGGACCAGGCCCCCUGCUGCUGGCCGCCAGCCCCAUGGACCCUGCCCUGUGUCUCCAACCCAGUCUGAUCCAUGCCCUCAUUUCAGCCCUGGAUUUGCCCUGGAGUGAGUGAACAUUUCAGAGUUGAGGGCGUACAUGAAAUCACAAAACCAUUGUUGGUAGAAGGUUAAUGCUCUGUACUAUAUAUGUAUGAAUGUAAAAAAAAUAUACAUAUGCUGUAUAUAUAUAUGCACAGUGUACAUAGGACCUGUAGCCCCAUGUACAUGCUCCCUCCCGCACGUCUGCACACACAGAGUGUACAUAACCCAACCAGUGUGGGCGGGGACCAGGUGAGAGAUGGGGUUGAGGGCAGCAGAGUCUGGGACACUGGGGGCAGAGACCAUGGGAUGGGGGCGUGGGGGGCUGCUGCAGAGAGCCCCGGUGGGUGGGCUUCUGCAUUCAUCAGCUCCGAGCCCUGGAGAAGAGGCAGCACCACGGGGCGGGGGUGAGGCCUGCACAGCCCCUGCCUGGGGAGGGGCUGGAGCAGGAGAGGCCUGAAGCACCCAGUCUCCUUCUGCGAGCACCAGAAGGUGGGCCCAUGUCUGGGGCCCAAGGGCAUGCUAGCACUGCGCCCCAAGACCAUGGCGUGGCUGUCUGCCACGUGCCAAGUAGGUGACGGAGGUGGCUGAAGGCGGCACGGGCUGCAUGCUGCUCCCCACUGCUUCCUUCCCCGCCUUCUCGAACACGAGUCGCCAUUCAGCACGCCUCUAUUGGACAACUCCAAACUCCGAGGCUUCUAGCUCUGGGGAAGCACUAAGGACCAGCAGUACAGCCAAGAGUGUGGCCCAGCUGACCGCCCCCAGCCCCACUGGACCGGAGCCCAAGGACAGUGAGACGGGGCGAGGGAGAGGCCAGGCCCUCCCGCCUAGCACAGUCCCUGCCAUCUGUCCGCCUUCUCUCCUGGGGCAUUGCCCCACUGCGGGCAGUUGACGGGGAGCAGCCCCUGUACCUGCUGAUCCCUGGCCCCGCUACCCCUGGACCUGUCUGUCCUUCCAGGCGUCCAGACUCCGCUUGCGGGCCUGCCCCCCUGAUCAGAGCAGCUCUGAAGCGAGCCUUCCCUCGGCUUCCCCGGGUGGCCGACUGGCGUGCGCAGCACCCUGGGUCUCCUUGGGGGCCAGAGCUCCCCGGAACCCAGCCCCCGAAGGUACCAGCCCUGGCUCCAGGAUGGAAUCAGGGCCUCAGAGGCCCUCCAGCCACUGUGUCCCAAGUCCCCCGCCCACCUCUGCCUGGCCCCCUUCCUGGCUGGGCCUCCCAGGUUGGGGACCUAGGUCCCCGGCCCCUAGGCUAAGCCCCCAAGACAGCACCAUGCAAGACCCCUGGCUCAUCCCACCCCCAGACCAGAGUGCCUGGAUGCCCCCCAUCCCAACUCAACGUGGUUCCCACACACUGGUCUCUGGGCCAUUCAGGGGACGCCCUUUGUGGACAUGCAGAAUUUCUAUGAAUAUAGUUUUUUGUAAACAUUUUGUAACAAUUUGGGUUUCAUAGUAACUGUGUUACUUGCCAAUCAUUCUAGGCUGAUGUAAAUAAAUUUCCAAACAAAUCCGAUUAUUUUCCUUUUUAAGACACUGUGAUAUAUCAAAGUGCACAGUUUGCUGUAUGAAGUAAUAUGGUUUUAAAUUUUAAAUAAAGAAAUGUUUCUAGAAAACAGGA